AUGGAAAAGGACCCAAAAGCACCAGGCUGUACUGCAGCGUCUAUUCACAGGCGCGAUCCCGCUACUGAGCGGUACGGGGGUUUUGAACUGCUCCGUUUCCGACCUGGGCCGGUGUACCCCUCCUCAGGCGACCUGGUGGUCCCGAGCUCCCCCGGGAGCACCAUAUCGAUACCGAACUUAGCGCGGACACCCGCUCGACAGUCCGCUGCAGCUCAGAACCCCCGAGCUCUCACAAUCCACCAGCCUCAGCCUCCCGGUAGCUUGGAUUACAGAAUGGAUUUGACCAACAAGUCUGCAGGAGUAUUCGAGACCCACUGCAGCUCAAACACAUGGUCAGUAGGUCUCCUUUCCAGAAUGAAGAAGCAAUGCUUUCGACUCAUCAGAAAAAUACCCUUUGUUGGCGGGGCGAUCCAGAGCCAACUGAACAAGGCAUUGGACGACAUGUCCGCCAGUCUGUGCACUCUGAAGAACGGCAUGAGUUACACUCAAAAGCUGCCCUCAAAAGGCCUCUCGCAGAGCCAAGUGCUGGACAAGAUCAGCGAGUACCAAACUCUUAAUGAGGUGCAGUGGCAGAACGGCUGUGUUUCAGGCGCAGUGUACUGGGGUGAUGAAGCGCUGACAAAACUCCUGGUGAAGGUGUAUGGUGAUUUUGCAUGGAGCAACCCACUUCAUCCAGACAUCUUUCCCGGUGUAAGAAAGAUGGAGGCAGAGGUUGUCAGAAUGGCUUGCACACUUUUCCACGGUGGACCCAACUCAUGUGGCACAGUGACUUCCGGAGGAACAGAGAGCAUACUGAUGGCCUGCAAGGCGUACAGAGACAUGGCAUAUGAACGAGGUGUCAAAUACCCAGAAAUUCUCGCCCCAGUUAGCGUCCACGCGGCUUUCGAUAAAGCGGCGCAUUACUUUGGGAUGAAGCUUGUUCACAUUCCCCUCAAUAAGAAAACAAUGCAGGUUGACGUAAAGGCGAUGAAGAGAGCGAUCAACAAGAACACAGCUAUGCUUGUUUGCUCAGCCCCCCAGUUUCCACACGGGAUUAUAGACCCUAUCGAAGAUGUUGCCAAGCUGGCUGUGCGAAACCACCUGCCGCUGCAUGUGGAUGCCUGUCUGGGCGGUUUUCUGAUCGUCUUUAUGGCCAAGGCUGGCUACGCCCUUGCACCAUUUGACUUCAGGGUAAAAGGUGUAACCAGCAUCUCUGCAGACACUCAUAAGUACGGCUACGCCCCCAAAGGUUCCUCAGUGAUUCUCUACAGUGAUAAAAAGUACCGUCACUAUCAGUACUUUGUGGCUCCAGACUGGCAGGGCGGAAUCUACGCCUCGCCCUCCAUCGCAGGCUCCAGGCCCGGAGGAAUUGUCGCGGCCUGCUGGGCAACCAUGAUGCACAUGGGACAGAAUGGAUACGUGGACGCUACUCGGAAGAUCAUCAGUGUAGCACGCAGAAUCAAAACGGAGGUUCGAAAAAUUAAAGGUGUGUUUGUGUUCGGCGAUCCCGAAGUUUCAGUGGUGGCGAUGGGCUCGAAUGAUUUUGAUAUUUUCCGUCUGUCGAACGCACUGACGUCAAAGGGCUGGAAUUUGAACACACUUCAGUAUCCAUCUAGCAUCCACAUUUGUUGCACAGUUCUGCACACCCAGCCGGGUGUCGUGGAACACUUUGUGAGUGAUGUCAGAGAACAAGUUGCCAUCAUUAUGAAGAACCCCAAAGAGAAAACCACAGGAAUGGGAGCAAUCUAUGGCAUGGCGCAGUCCAUCCCAGACAGAUCCAUGGUAACGGAGAUCUCCCGAGGCUUCCUGGAUUGUCUUUACAGCACAGAGGUGACCAAGUCCAAUACCAGCCACAUGAACGGUAACGGCAAAGCCCACUGAAAAAGGAUCAGGAUUGUUUGGAACUCGAUGCACACGGGAAAUUUGCUCAUCUCCUCCCAGUGCUCCGCGUUCAUGGCUGAAAGGUUGCCUUAUCCUGCAUCACUGCAUGGAAAAUGCCUGCAAAGGUGUUUUUGGUUUUUAUUUUAAGCACAAGACGACCCCCUGAGGUAAUUUACCUAAAGACUGGCUCUCCUAGAUGAGUUUUGGUGUUCACAUUGAUUUAAAUAAUGUAGUGAAUGUGUUUGUUCCAUUAGAUUCAUUUCAAUAUUCACCAAUCGGCAUAGCAAAGUCGGACCAUUUCAGUUUGCUGCUGUCAUUUUCACAAUCUCUGACGACUCGGCAAAAAACAGACCACUGAGAGCUUGUCGCUGUACUGCGCUUGUGAAACGGGAUCUAACUGCAUGAGACCGGUUCUCCAUAUCAUGACAACUGUUCUCUAAUAGCGUUUUUAAUGUAAAAGCACUGCAAUGGGCUGGGCAGGAUCACAUCAGGUUCCUUUUUAAACCACAUGGUAGUACCACUCGGUCAUCCUGUACACUUACGUGCUGAUUUGAUCGCACUUAAUGUAAUUAUUUUCAAUUGAGCCGCAGUCGUUGUACAUUUGCAGUCGGACUUCAAAUAUGGGAGCGUUUUAUAUCACACGAUGUCCGCGGAGCAAAUGCUUGAAGUCAAACAGCUAGUGUAACCCAAAGCUUAGCAGCUGUACUGGUUGUCUAACCCCUUUCAUAACAACACGGUAAAUCACAUGUCAGAUCAUUGAAGCGAUUGUAGCUGUUUCCUAACAGUAUGUGCUCGAGUGCGUGGCUUCAUUUGUCGAGUCACCCAUGUUUUGAUAUUUGUGUCCUAUAUCAAUCUACCUCACUUUGCACUUCUACUUUUGGUGCAAACCUACCAAUCAACUGUUAACUUUUCUUUCCAAAAGUUGCACCUAUUUAACUUUUAACACUGUCAGGGCAUUUUGAGUUAUCUUUUAAUGUAGAAAAAAAAUGAUAGUGAUCCGCCAUGUUUGAGUCUAUUGAUUGACAAGACAGCAGAUUUUCACCUCUGCACUUGAAGGACCAUGUUUUAUAUUCAUGGAAUGUUUCCGUCAUUGUGCAAUAAGUGUUUGUUUCUUGAAAUGAUAGAAUGGGGACUGUUCUGUAGUAAUGGUUAACAAAAUGUAAUCAUGUUUGUUGAUAGCUUAUCAGGGCAGUGGGUGUUUGUACUCUUACAAAUGUAGAAUAGUUUUCAGAUGAUUGAAAUAUAUGAACGCUUUUACAUGCCUGAGCUGCACUCCUUUCAGGGUUCGAAUGUUGAAUGUGAUAGUGCCUGGUUCAAAAUCUGAUGGCAACACCCCCCCCCCCCCCCCCCCAUUCCACCAAUGAUGUAUAGCUCAAUGGAUGAAUAUUCACAAUUGAAUCGCACAAGUUCUACUUUUCAGUCGAAAAAAAUAACAGCGCUCUGUAAGUAACUUAGACUAUGUUGCAGCUUUCAUGGCCGUUUUAAUGACGUAGCAAUAAUGUGUUCACCUCUGUGCCUUCAGAGGUUUCCGUUCAAACUACUUUUAUUUCCUUUUAACACGCUCAGGGAUUCAGUCUUGUUUCAGACAUCAUCGAGGUCCAAUGCGCUUAUCUGGGGUGGGCACAAUAGUGAGCCAACUUCAACUUGAGCUGUGAUUGAGAGAGAGAGAAAGGAUUCCAGUCUGGUUGCAGGUCUGAGAUUUGUGUACACAAGGUAAAAUACGUGGCUUAGGAUAUACUAUAUGCUUGUGAUCUUAUUAAGAAGUUUCAUCUAAUACCCCCUGCGCCCCUCAGGUUGCUACAAUAAAGAAGUCAAAAUUUAAGCAGCAUCAACAAUGAGCAUUUAGUGUUAAGAUUUACUCAAUUGCAAUCUUUAAUGUUCUGUUUUCAAUAAAAUAUAUACUGUG